CUCUAAGCUUCCGGCUCACACCAGGUUCGGCUUGGGGUUUGGUUUUAGAGGUUUCCUCUUUCUCUCCCUUUGACCCAGUAUGGAUGGGAAAGAAUCUGAUUCAGGAAGUGAUAGUGGGAUACCGAUUCGUGGUUUGGAUGAUCUAUUUAAAGAGAGGCGUACGCUGAAUAAGUUCUUAGAGACAAAGAAUCCCUUUGAUAAUGAUAAAAUCACUCGCGUUUAUCAGAAAAUUUUUAGAUUUCUCAUUGAGGAUAUUUCUACACUCGAGUCAAGAGGGAUCACUCGUGGUUACCUCCAGCCCCAUCAAAUCAUGGUUGCUGGUGGCCCAGAUUUUGAGUUUAUGAACGUUUGGCUGUUAAAUAGACCAGAGGAGGACAAUCCGACCGCGCCUACCUACAGAGAGCAGUUUGAUUCCUUGGCACGGAUGAUCCUUGGUGAACGGGAUGCCCCGAACUUGGAGUUGGAUAAUUUUCUUCACAUCACAGCUUCUGCUGCUUCUGGAGAACAGCGUUUAUUUGAUUUUAAGCAACUCCAAUGGCAUCCACUACUGUUUCCAUCCACUGCAAAACCCAAGUUAGUAUACAAUGUGUUUUCUUAUCUCGGCUUGGAGGAAACAUUAAGUUGGAAAAAGGACUUCAGACAGAUGAUACAGAGGGAUGUUGAGGUUAGGGACACAGUUCUUGGGGUGGACGUGGAUUACUUUUCACAUGUUUACAACUUGAAAGGACCACAGUACUAUGUAGAGAAUGCACUGGGGGCAUUCCUGUUUUCUGCAAAUGCCAUUCUGGAUACGAGUUAUUAUAUCGGGAAGGCCUUCAAGGAAUAUAUGAAAGAUAAGGAAAACCUCAAGGAACCUAUGACACAAGAGCAAAUAUUUGAUAUGCUUAUUUCCUUCUUCCCGCACGUGCUUAUUGAUGUCUAUGAUUUCCUUGUAAAGAAGGGCAUUUCAAUUGAAAAAAUUUCUGAAGAUUUAUGCUACUUUUAAGUCUCCAUAUGUGUAUUCAUAUGGAUCUUUCCAGAUUCAUGUAUUAAUAUGAAUUUUACCAGUCACCACAUAUUGUAUGUGGAUCGUAUCUCAGUAGUAGCUUGCUAAGAUUUCUUUUUUGUUUUUGUUUUUUCGGUGAGAUAUACUUUCUUCAUUUGAAUCGGUAAUAGUUAUAUAUGUACAAGGUGUUGAUUUUCUCACUUUCCUUUCGUCCAUUUACAAUCACUUUGAAGCCAUACAAUGAUGACUGUUUAUUUCAACUUCUGCCUCACCAUAAUGACUUGGAUCCAAAAAACCUAAGCAUAAUGGCUGCCUGUUUUGAGUUUAAAUACUUGCUAUCCAUUAUAUAACCUGUCAUUUUGAACAAUAUAAAAUUAUUUACAGGAAGUUGAUGAGUACGACAGCUUUUACAAAGGAAAUAUGGUUUUAAUAAUAUUAUCAUAAUUUAAUAAUGGAAUAUGUAUGAUUCACCAAAACUUACCUCUCAUGCUCAUGAUCCCAAACCAAUUGGCAAAGCCUCUU